AUGUGCCUACCUACUCCAAGAAACUCGCUGCGCUUGACUCGUGCUCGCAAAUUCUUCCACUGUUGUUACCAUCUGAACCAGAGCUCAAUAAAAACCACCCUUUGGCGCAACGAUCUGCACUACGAGAACAUUCACAUGAACCCGGAGAAAUGGACCGAGACCGUUGCUAUGAUUGACUGGCAGUCAAUGGAUGCACGGCGUUCUUGGGCUACGAAGACCCCUGAUAUAGGAAAUAACCUUAGCGCCCCUGUUCUAGACACCAAAGAUAUCAACCAAGCAGAAAGGAAGCUUGUCAGCAAAAGGUACCAUGAUAGGGCGAUCAUGGUGGCAUGGCGGAUGAUGGUGAAAGGUAAAAUCCUGACCACUGAAGAGGUUGCAGAGAUUGAAAAAGAUGUCGAGUGUGAUGAUGAAGGAAUCAAGGUACUGAAUAUAACCAAAGAGAAGCUUGAAGAUCGGUGGCCGGAAAAGGGGAUAAUAGAACACGCGAAUUAUGAGGCUCUGAUGACAGAACUGAAGGAGGUAAAGGUGCAUAUCAUGUGGAGAUACUUGAAAUGUGAUGAAGAUAUAGAGGCAUUUGAGAAGCGUUGGCCGUUUCAUUGCUAG